UAUGAAAUAGAGAAAACAGGAUUCAGAUUAGGUAGUCUACAUAGCAAUAGUUCAUAUAAAAACAGAAUAAAUUCUUCUUCUAUAAAAGCAUCCUUUCUUACUUCAUCGUUACUUCCAUCAUCAACAUAAAUACUCCAAACCGACUGCCGGCAACGAUGAUCGUCAACACCAACAACAAAAAGGCAAUGUUCAUUGUGACGCUCUCCAUUGUUGUUUUGCUGCUUCUGGUUGAACAUGUCAACAGCAAAGAAAUGAGCAUCAACGUCGACCUAAAGGAUGAAGUUAGCAAGGAUAAAACGCCGCAGAAGGAGGAGGAAAAGCUGGAGAACAAAGCCCCUGCCCCAGUGGAUCAUAACUAUCAAGCUGAGACUGUUAAGACGGAGGAUAAGGGAUCCAACGCCUUACUAGCAGUGGCUGUCGGCGAUCUUAUCAUUUCUCUGCUUUGUUCGUGCUGCUGUUGUGUUUUGUUGGCGGUUCUGCUCUAUUUCCUUCUCUUCAAGCGCAAGCAACCACCACCACCGCCACCACCACCAUAUAGGGAAUGAACGGAACAAACGAAUGUGCCAAACUAAAGAGUCUGUGACAGAAGUAUGUAUAGAAGUGGAUAAUAAAUAAAUAAAUAUUGUGUUUUUCUGUAU